CAGCACGAUCUCAUUGCACCAGCCCCACUCGCUCACAAUCACGCCGUGAUUCCACGCCUGGUCCAUAGCCACGAUCACCAAGCGUUUCACGCGGUUCGUGGUGUCGCCAGUGCUCUUUCUCGUCGCCUCAGAACUUGUGUGUUGCGCGAUCUUCACCGGUUAUUAGCUGCGCGUUUAUGCCUGAUAGAACUGCUAGCUGAAGGACGACGAGGUUGGUGCUCCACUGUUGCACACAUUGAAUGCGCCGCUUUGGGUACAGCAUUACAGCUCUUAAAGUUGGUUGGGGGAUGCGCGUUCUCAUACAUUGGGUUGAUAGGGUGCUGGUCUGAGAGGGGUAUUGUUUUUUUUAUGAUAUUUUCCUGGGUUUGGUCUUAUGUGAGUUGGGUCAUAUUUUUUGCGUAUGUUGUGCGAGACGUAAGUGUGCGUGAGGGCCUGUGAGGAAGUUUAGUUUCGUGGUUAGGUUUGUGCCAGGAGGGGAGGGGAGGGGAGGGGAAGGGAGUUUAGUUAGUAGUACUGAUGAGAGAGAAGCAAGCAUUUGGCAAGAUGACGAUGGAUCCUGAGCUGAGUGGGACGGUGGUGCCUCAGAGGGUGCCCUAUUACAAGCGAAAGAAGCCUAGAAUUUGCUGCGGCGUGUGUAUCUUGAUUCUCGUGUCCUUGGGGACAGUGGCUGCUGUUUUGAGCCAAACCAUUUUCAAGUUUCGCGACCCGAAGGUGUCUUUGAAGGACGCUAAGCUGCAGACGAUUUCAUUUCGGUUUGAUUUAGCUGCCUUGUCGCCGCUCCUGAGCAUCUCUAUUUCGGCAAACGUGCUGGUGGACAACCCAAAUCACUACGACUUUAGGUACAACAAUAGCACCAUGCUUCUGAAAUACCACGGCGACCAGGUGGGAGUAGUGGAGCUCGGUGCUGGUACCAUCGCCUCUCGCAAGACCGUCGAGCUUCAUUCUGUCAUCACCGUCGAGGCGUUGAAGCUCAUACUCAAUGGACUGCAGGAUAUCAGCAGUGGAAUCGCGAGGUUGAACCUCAAUGCUGUGAUUCCAGGGCGGGUGAACUUGGCCCACAUCAUCAAGAGGCACGUGACUGCCAUCGUGGACUGUAAUAUUGAUAUCUUCUUGGGCAACCAGACAUUGAAGCAAAACGAAUGUAAACGGACCAUCAAGCUGUGAUUUCAUUCCCACCAGUCCCUCUCACGACAAUGUGGAGCUCCUCGUUCCUUUACUUCGCACUCCAACGCUUACUAUUGUCGGACCGUUGAACAGUCAACACGUGAGGUACGAGAUCUGGGUUGACUCGGCUUCUCAACACUCUCAAUAGGAUCCGAACCGUUUCAGUUCCUUCCUCAUGAUGAAUCUUUGAACCUUGGGGAGCGAAAUCAUCAACCAAAUGCACAUCAGCACCGAAACAUUCCACCUCAUCGAAGCUGAAGAUUGACAGAGAAUGAAGACUGUUGUUCAACAACUGAAGGAUGAUGGAGGGUGAAGCAUAUGAAGGUAGUCAUUUACAAUCCUAACUUAGUCUUGCGUAAUGUACUUGAAUUGUAAACAACUAGGGUUUUGUAAUCCUAUUUUUCACAAACCUAAAGGAAUUUUGGAAAAGUAGAUCACAUGCCUAAAGUUUCUGCUUAAAUUCCUUUCCUGGUUUGAAAUUAAUCACGUGUUGAAACGUAAAAUGUAUGGCCUCGUCUUCACAAUCGUUUGUAUCUAAUUGUUUCAAAGCUUACUACAAUAUAAACCACAUUCAUGGCCUCCA